AUGGGCCUCGACGCCGGCUGCUGCGCCGUGCAGGGCUGGCGCACGGGCCAGGAGGACGCGCACGUCGCCGAGCCGGACUUCGGCGCGUCGCUCGGUCUCUUCGCGGUCUUCGACGGCCACGGCGGCGCCGAGGUCGCGCGCUACGCCGCGGCCCACGUCGGCGCCUACCUGAAGCGCGCGCCGGGCUUCGCCGAGGGCGACUACGGCGCGGCGCUCCGGGCCGCGUUCUUCGCGCUCGACGCGUCGCUGCGCUGGCCGUCGCCGGGAUCCGACGAGGUCGCGGCGCGCCGCGCGAGCCACCGCGCGGAGCAGGCCGCCUACAACGAGCGGCACCUCGACGCCGCGGCCGCCGCCGGCUUCCGGGCCCGCGAGCCCGAGGCCGAGGACGUCGAGGAGCGGCCGGGCUACGCGUCGGGAUGCACGGCCGUCGUCGCGCUCGUCGACCGCGCCGCGGGCGUCGUCUACGUCGCCAACGCGGGCGACAGCCGCGCCAUCCUCCUCCGGGCCGGCGGCGCCGCGCCGGCGGCGCUGAGCGAGGACCACAAGCCGGAGGACGACCGCGAGCGGUCGCGCGUCGAGGCCGCCGGCGGCGUCGUCACGCCCGAGGGCCGCGUCGACGGCAACCUGAACCUGUCGCGCGCCUUCGGCGACCACCGCUACAAGAUGGAGCCGGGCCUGGCGCCGGAGCGGCAGCGCAUCUCCUGCGAGCCCGACGUCGUCGUCGCGCCGCUCUCCAACAAAGACGUCGGCCUCGCGCUCGUCUGCGACGGCGUCACGGGCUGCCUGCCCGACGCGACGGUGGCGAGCGUCCUCGGCGACGGCGACGUCGUCGACGCCGCGCGCGACCUCGCCGCCGCCUGCGUCGCCGACACCGCGGAGGGCGACGGCACGGGCUGCGACAACGUCACCGCCGUCGCCGUCCGCUUCGUCGGCGGGCCGAAGCGGCCGAAGCAGGCCCCGGCCCCGCAGCGGCGCGCCUUCGACUAA